UUUGUAACGAUGGCUCUGAGACGCGCUUUGCAUUUUGUCUUUAAAGUUGGAGACAGGCUCAGGACUGCUGCCUUCUACAGGGAAGUGCUCGGCAUGAAAAUCUUACGACAUGAGGAAUUUGAAGAGGGUUGUAAAGCUGCUUGUAAUGGCCCCUAUGACGGGAGGUGGAGUAAGACCAUGGUCGGGUACGGGGCAGAAGACGAUCACUUUGUGGCAGAGCUCACCUAUAACUACGGCGUGGGGGGGUACAGACUGGGGAGUGACUUCUUGGGCCUGACCCUGCAGUCCAGUCAGGCGGUCAGCAAUGCCAGGAAGCUGGGCUGGCCGCUGGCAGAGGCCGGGGAGGGGACGUACUUACUGGAGGCGCCGGGGGGGUAUAAAUUCUACCUGGUGGACAAGGAGCAGCCCGCUACAGAUCCGGUGCAGAAAGUGACCCUGGGGGUGUCUGACCUUCAGCGCUCCACACGGUACUGGUCAGCCGUCCUCGGGAUGAAGGUGUACGAGAGGAACGAAGACAGGAAGACUGUACUGCUGGGAUACUCGGACUGCCAGUGUAAGCUGGAGCUGCAGGACAUCGGAGGAGCUGUGGACCACGGGACGGCAUUCGGAAGGAUAGCUUUCUCCUGCCCCAGAGAGCAGCUGCCUGAGAUUGAAGCCCUGGUCAAGAAGGAGAGCUGGAGGAUCCUGACCCCGCUGGUCAGUCUGGACACCCCAGGGAAGGCGACGGUGGAGGUGGUGAUUCUGGCUGAUCCGGAUGACCACGAGAUCUGUUUUGUGGGGGAUGAGGCGUUCCGAGAGCUUUCUAAAGUGGACCCCAACGGAGACACCCUGCUAGACAAUGCGAUGGCAGCUGACAGAAGUGACGAAUGGUUUGCCAAGCACAAGAAGCAGAAAGCCUCUGCGUAGAGGAGCGGGAUUCCAGCAAGACGUGCCUCUGCGGUCUCUUCAGCGCUUCCAGAAAUUUCUGCAUCGCGUCACCCAGCAACCGAGGCCACAGUCGCAGCAGAGCGGACCCUGAUGCCCACCACAGCCAGACUGCCACAUUCCCCAACCCUAGCCAUAACCAGACUGCCACACUCACAUAUAUAUAUAUAUAUAUAUAAUGUAGGACUGUGUGCAUGUCACUAGAGCUGUGUUCCACUGCCCCGUCAUGCUGUGUAAACCAUGCUUGGAAACAGAGCUGGUAGCUGGAGCUGCAGGCAGUCUAGCUCUGGGAUGAGCCAGCAGCAGCAUCACUACCACACUCUGUUUUAAACCGGGGCACAGAGUGCUGUAACUGGAGGCUUUGGUAUCACAUUAAAGAUGAUUUACAAUGGAAA